ACAGAAAGGUUUAAGCGAGGUUUCAUCUUCUUCCAGAGCAGCGUCUCGCUCUCACUCUCUCUCUCUCAAAAAUGGCUUCCACAGCCUCCUUCUCUCCAAGCCCGCAGGCUCAAACGUACAGCUCCACAUGGCGGAAACCGCCGAAGCUGAGCCACAAGUUCCUCUUCAGCUCAGCCUCCAACCGCCUCUUCUUCAAGCCCUCGCUCUCUUCCUCCACUCCUUUCCCCCUCAGCCUCAAGCCCCCUCCCGAACCGGUCCUCUCCCACCUGGUCCGAGACUCCGUCCAAGACAAUCUCGUCGAAAAUUCGAUGAAUUUACAGCUACCCAUCAGAGAAUUUCACCUAAUUACGCCCGAGGAAUCGGCGCCCAGGAUUUUUAUCCAGGACCCGCCGUGGAUUGCCGCACUCUUUCUGAAAGGCAUGUACAAGAAGGCCAACCAGGAGUUGAAAUUGGAGUCGAAGGAAAUCGACCGGCGGAAGUAUAAUUUGCUUCGGCGGCGGCAGAUAAAGGCGGAGACGGAGGCGUGGGAGAGAAUGGUGGAGGAGUACAAGGAUUUGGAGCGAGUAAUGCGGGAGAAGAAGCUGGCUCCGAGCUUGCCGUACGUGAAGACCUUGUUUUUGGGGUGGUUUGAGCCGCUGAGGGAGGCGAUUGCGAGGGAGCAGCAGGUGCAGCAAACGAAGAAGCACAAGGCGGCGUUUGCGCCGCACAUUGAUUUGCUCCCGCCGGAUAAGAUGGCGCUGAUUGUUAUGCAUAAGAUGAUGGGCUUGGUUAUGGUGGGGAAUCAAGAUGGGUGUGUGCAGGUUGUUCAAGCUGCUGUUCAUAUUGGGAUGGCCAUUGAGCAGGAGGUUAGGAUUCACAGUUUCUUGGAGAAAACCAAAAAUUUCCAGAGAAAGAAGACUGCCGUUGCUGAUGAAGACAGUCUGAUUAAGGAGAAGGAGAUACUGCGGAAACGUGUUAAUGUUUUAAUUAAAAGAAAAAGACUGAGGGAGGUGCAAAAACUCUUGGUAAAAGAAGAAUUUAAACCCUGGGGUCGUGAUACACAGGCUAAGCUGGGAAGUCGUCUGAUAGAAUUAUUAACAGAAACAGCUUACGUACAACCUCCACUUAACCAGUUGGCUGAUGGUCCACCUGAUGUUAGACCGGCCUUUAGGCACAGAUUUAAGGCUGCAGCAAAAACUCCAGGGCAGAAACUUGUGAAGAAUUAUGGAGUUAUAGAAUGUGAUCCCCUAGUUCUUACUGGGCUUGAUAAAACUGCUAAACAUAUGUUGAUUCCUUAUGUGCCAAUGUUGGUGCCUCCCAGAAAGUGGAAAGGGUAUGAUAAGGGUGGUCACUUGUUCCUACCUUCUUAUGUCAUGCGUACUCAUGGAUCUAGGAAGCAGGUAGAUACAAUGAGGAAUAUUUCUGGAAAGCAGAUGCAGAAAGUAUUCGAGGCCCUAGAUAUGCUUGGAAGUACCAAAUGGAGGGUGAAUAAAAAAGUACUUAACGUGGUGGAGAGCAUCUGGGCUAGAGGUGGCAACAUUGCAGGCCUGGUUGAUCGUGAAGAUGUUCCAGUGCCAGAUAAACCACCGCUUGAGGGUUUAACAGAAAUUCAGGAAUGGAAAUGGAGUGUAAGAAAAGCAAAGAAGAUUAACCAAGAAAGGCAUUCUCUGCGAUGUGACACAGAACUUAAGCUCUCUGUUGCUCGCAAGAUGAAGGAUGAGGAAGGCUUUUAUUAUCCUCACAAUCUUGAUUUUCGAGGCCGAGCAUACCCAAUGCAUCCACAUUUAAAUCAUUUGAGUUCUGAUCUCUGUCGAGGAGUCCUUGAAUUUGCUGAAGGACGACCAUUAGGGAAGUCUGGUUUACGUUGGCUGAAGAUUCAUUUAGCAAACCUUUAUGCGGGCGGUGUUGAAAAGCUUUCGUAUGAGGAACGGCAUGCAUUUGUGGAUCAUCACAUUGAUGAUAUAUUUGAUUCAGCAACAAACCCUGUAAAUGGAAACCGAUGGUGGUUAACAGCUGAAGAUCCUUUACAGUGCCUAGCGGCUUGUAUCAAUCUGUCAGAAGCGUUAAAUAGCCCAUCACCACAUACUGUCAUUUCUCAUUUGCCCAUCCACCAGGAUGGUUCAUGCAAUGGCUUACAGCACUAUGCAGCCUUGGGAAGAGAUAGUUUGGAAGCAGCUGCAGUCAACUUAGUAGCUGGAGAGAAACCUGCCGAUGUUUACUCAGAAAUUGCUGCAAGGGUACAUGAGAUUAUGGAAAGAGACAGCAAUAAGGAUCCGACUACAAGCCCAAAUGCUUUAUUAGCCCGAGUCUUAGUUAAUCAGAUUGACCGGAAAUUGGUGAAACAGACUGUCAUGACUUCAGUGUAUGGAGUUACUUACGUUGGGGCACGCGAACAAAUAAAAAGAAGAUUAGAGGAGAAGGGUCUUAUUACAGACGAUAGACUACUUUUCACUGCAGCUUGCUAUGCUGCUAAAGUUACUUUGGCUGCCCUUGGUGAGAUAUUCCAAGCUGCACGUGGUAUAAUGGGCUGGCUCGGUGAUUGUGCCAAGGUGAUUGCUUCAGAAAAUCAACCUGUGCGUUGGACUACUCCUCUAGGUCUUCCUGUUGUGCAACCCUACUGUAAAAAUGAACGACAUCUUAUAAGAACAUCCCUUCAGGUUUUAGCCUUGCAGCGGGAGAGUAACUUGAUAGAUGUUAGAAAACAAAGGACUGCAUUUCCUCCAAAUUUUGUUCACUCACUUGACGGUUCACACAUGAUGAUGACUGCACUUGCCUGCAGGGACGCGGGCCUGCGUUUUGCAGGGGUACAUGACUCCUUCUGGACUCAUGCAUGUGACGUAGACCAAAUGAACGAGAUACUUCGGGAAAAGUUUAUAGAGCUCUAUAGCAUGCCGAUACUUGAAAAUUUGCUAGAAAGCUUCCAAGCAUCAUAUCCAGCGUUGACAUUCCCUCCCCUCCCAGAAAGAGGUGACUUCGACUUGCAAGAGGUUCUGGAAUCUCCAUACUUUUUCAACUGAAACGUGAGCAGCAAGCAGUGAUAACGAUGUUCGAAAAACAUUGCCACACGUAUCAGAUGCCACUCCUGGAAUGACCGAGAAGCUGUAGUAAGAGUUCAUUCGUGUAUGCAUUUAAACGUGAAGUGGGAAACGAAAACCUAAGGUUGCUUUUGUGAAAGACGAAGGACAAACUUUGAUUUCCCACGAUCAGCGAGUCUACACGAUUCUCAUGGGUAUCGAUCAUCUGCAGUGUUAACGAUCUGGUUCAUUUUACCCAUGUACAGAAAGCGCGACUCUUCUACAGAAAUUCAAGGUUGUAUUCUCUGAUAUAGAAGUCAAGAGAAGCAGAUACGAAGCAGCAGCCAGCGUAGGAGGUCAUCUUAGUGGUGCUCAAGUCACGUAUGCUUCUUUUCAUUGUAUUCCAACGUAUAACAUAUUAACAUAUGUUUUAUCGGUAUCAGAGUAGGAGGAGAAAAGAUCAUUCUUUAGACAUACAUGAUACAUGUACACUUUGCCAAUGGAAGUUCUUGCAAAUUUGUGAGCAAGAGCUGUAAAGAAAUGAAAUAAAUUUAUCAAUAGUUCGGUUCA